CUCGAGAAACUUCUGCUUGGAGAAGAGAUUUUACAGGUGAAGCUUUACUUUGUAAUUCUUGUGGUAUAAUAAAAAGUUAUCAAAGAGCAAUCGAAUCAGGACCUGAUGAUGAAAUAAAAUUUAUAAAAAUUGAAAAUGAAGAGAAUGGAGAGUAUAAAUCUCGAAGGAAUGGUUUUAAGAAGUAA